AUGUUGGAAGAUCAAGUCGCGUAUCUGUUACAGAGGUAUCUUGGGAACUACGUUAGAGGUCUCAACAAAGAAGCUCUCAAGAUCAGUGUCUGGCGAGGGGAUGUAGAGCUAACAAAUAUGCAGCUAAAGCCGGAGGCACUCAAUGCAUUGAAGUUGCCUGUGAAGGUUAAGGCUGGAUUUCUUGGAUCGGUGAAGCUAAAGGUUCCUUGGAGCAGGCUUGGGCAAGAUCCUGUUCUAGUUAGUCUGGAUCGUAUCUUUUUACUAGCUGAACCUGCAACCCAAGUUGAAGGAUGCACUGAGGAUGCUGUCCAAGAAGCUAGAAAGAGCCGAAUACGGGAAAUGGAAAUGAAGCUGUUGGAGAGUGGACAACUACUGACGACAGAAAUGAAUAAAUCGUGGCUGGGGUCCUUGAUCAACACAAUUAUAGGGAACUUGAAGCUUUCCAUUUCGAAUAUUCAUAUAAGAUAUGAGGACCUUGAGAGCAAUCCUGGCCACCCAUUUGCAGCUGGCGUGACACUAGAGAGACUGUCAGCUGUGACUGUUGAUGAUAAUGGAAAUGAGACAUUUAAUAAAUCGUGGCUGGGGUCCUUGAUCAACACAAUUAUAGGGAACUUGAAGCUUUCCAUUUCGAAUAUUCAUAUAAGAUAUGAGGACCUUGAGAGCAAUCCUGGCCACCCAUUUGCAGCUGGCGUGACACUAGAGAGACUGUCAGCUGUGACUGUUGAUGAUAAUGGAAAUGAGACAUUUGUAACAGGGAGUGCAUUAGAGCAUAUCCAGAAGUCCGUAGAACUUGAACAGCUGGCUGCUUAUUUGGAUUCUGAUAUUUGUCCGUGGCACAUUAACAAACCAUGGGAGGAUUUGCAACACUUAGAAUGGGAUCAGAUUUUCAAAUUUGGGACGAAGGAUGGCAAACCAGCCGAUUCUCUUGUUGAAAAGCACUGUUACAUUUUGCAACCAGUGACCGGAAAUGCAAAGUACUUGAAACAGCGUCCAUAUGAAUCUGCUAGUAUUGGUCAACCUCUACAAAAGGCUGCAGUGAAUUUGGAUGAUGUGACACUCUGCUUGUCAAAGGAUGGUUAUAGGGAUUUAUUAAAGCUGGCUGAUAAUUUUGCUGCCUUUAAUCAACGCUUGAAAUAUGCUCACUACCGCCCACUUGUCUCGGUCAAAGAUGAUCCAAGGUCUUGGUGGAAGUAUGCCUACAAAGCUGUUUCAGACCAGAUAAAGAAGGCUAGACGAAUAGCGUGGUGGAAGAUGAAUAGUAUAGUGGAAGAUGCAUCAAACGGCCAGGCUGCUUCAGUCUCCAAGCCACCACUCUUGGAUUUUUUUUGA